GCACAGACUGGAGAAAAGGAAAACACAAAUUAUAAUAAUAAAACUGAAAAAAAAAAAAAAAAAAAAAUUAAUAGUAAUAUUUGCUGUUUGUUUCUGGUGCCGCGGAGACCGUGCCAGUAAGGAUCUUAAGAUAUCGAUCUGCAACGGAACCGAUUUCUUUCGUGUUUUUUUUUUCCUUUCGGUUUGUUUGGAUCGGACCGUCUGAGGAGGAAGACUCUAAUUUAUUACGAGCAGUUUUCACUUUUGAGUUUUUAAUCUGGGAUAUAUAAAUUACCUAUGCCGUAUACCCCGAAUCCUAUAUGCUGUGCUUUUAUUUAAGUUCCUAGUAGAUAUUGCAUUUAAGUGUUUGUUUUAAUAUCCUCGCCAGUGCUGAUAAUGGGUACCCUCCGGACUAUAUUUUCAUUUUCAGCUUUAUUCAAAAUAGCUUUAUUUCAUUUUUAGUUUUCAGUUCGUUUGAUUUUUUUUAAAUCAACAUUUGACGUUGCUCAAUCAACAGGCAUUAUUUUAUUUUUUUUAAUUAUUUAUUUAUUGAGAUUUCGCAGGGGACUCAUUAAUUUAACUCGAAUAUCCUUGGGGUGAAAAAAACAAUCAAGAAGAUGAACGGUCUGUCAGUGAGUGAGCUGUGCUGCCUCUUCUGCUGCCCCCCCUGCCCCGGCCGGAUCGCAGCCAAGCUGGCCUUCCUGCCUCCGGAGCCCACCUACGCCCUCCUGCCGGAGCUGGAGUCCGGGGCCACCCCCAUGGGGAGGAGCGGGUUGCUGCGCGGGCGCACCCCCGACACCUCCUCCCGCUGGAAGCUGCACCUGACAGAGCGAGCCGAGUUCCAGUACUCGCAGCGGGAGCUCGACAGCACCGAGGUGUUCCUGACGCGCUCCAGCCGCGGGAAUCGCAUCGGCUGCAUGUACAUCCGCUGUGCGCCCUCCGCCAGGUUCACAGUCCUCUUCUCCCACGGUAACGCGGUGGACCUGGGGCAGAUGAGCAGCUUCUACAUCGGCCUGGGCACCCGCAUCAACUGCAACAUCUUCUCCUACGACUACUCGGGCUACGGGGUGAGCACGGGCAAGCCGUCCGAGAAGAACCUGUACGCAGACAUCGACGCUGCCUGGCAGGCGCUGCGGACCAGGUUCGGGAUUAGCCCGGAAAACAUCAUCCUGUAUGGGCAGAGCAUUGGCACUGUGCCCACCGUGGACCUGGCAUCGCGCUACGAGUGCGCUGCGGUGGUGCUGCACUCCCCCCUCACCUCCGGCAUGAGAGUGGCAUUCCCAGACACCAAGAAGACCUACUGCUUCGACGCCUUCCCCAACAUCGAGAAGGUUUCCAAGAUCACCUCCCCCGUCCUCAUCAUCCACGGCACCGAGGACGAGGUCAUCGACUUCUCCCAUGGGAUGGCCCUGUUCGAGCGCUGUCCCAAGGCCGUGGAGCCGCUGUGGGUGGAGGGCGCUGGGCACAACGACAUCGAACUGUACAGCCAGUACCUGGAGCGGCUGCGAAAGUUCAUCGCACAAGACCUAGCGAGCCAGCGGACCUGACCAUGCCUCCCUGUCUGCCUGCGAGGUCCCUGUCUCCCCCUGCCUCUAUCUCUUUAUACCCCUCUGUAUAUCUCUUUCCAGUCCUGGCACCCAGGGAAAGAAACCGGGUUUAAACGAAGCCUGCUUUUAUAUAUAGAUGUGUGUGUGUCUAUAUAUAUAUAUAUAUAUAUAUAUAUAUAUAUAUAUAUAUAUAUAUAUAUAUAUGAGAGAGAGAGAGAGAGAGCACAAAAAUUACAAGAAUUGCUCUAUUUUUAUAAAAAACUAAAGAUUGAGGGGGUUAGGAUUCAAUAGGAGCUGAAGGGUAGGCUUAACGAGAAGUAGCGAGCAUGAUUUUUCAAGUUUCAAGAUUUUUUAAAUAGCAGGUGGUGUGUUUUAAACAGCUUUGACCUCCAGCGCUCCCGAGGAGGGACAUCGUUUCUAUACCUCUCGCUGAUGGAGAUGGGCAGGGGGCCCUUUCUCCCUUUCAGAACCGGCAGACCCCACCCUUCCUUCCUCCCUCCUCUUCUGAACCCCCAGUUCGCUGUCCCUUUCGUUUCCCUGGUGAGAUUGAUACCUGGGAUGAGUUGCAGCACACGUGUAGAAGCAGUCCUGGGUAUUCUGCUAUUUUCUUGAGUCUAAACCUGGAAAAGGAGAGUUCCUAGGGGCGUUUAGAAUCCUAAAAAGCUGACCUCUUGUUGGAUUCGGCAGCAUUGCAGCCCCCGUUAUCGCAGUUUUGGUUUGCACUAGAAUCAAAAAAAAGGAAGUGCUGCUACUUGCUGCACUUCCUGCUGCCUGAUCCCUUCCUGUGUGGUCCUCGGACCAUUGCCCUUCAAAGUGCCAGUACAUUUCAUAAUAAUAAAAUUUCAUAAAAAUAAAUCAAUUUUACUCGAUUUAACUGUCUGUGCCAAAAAAUAAAAAGAGGGGGAUGUUUGAGAACAGUAAGUCUCGGCGUUAAAAAUCUAGGGUUCGGCUAGAAAUGCGUCACUGAUGUAUUCUGGAAUGUUUUUUUACAUUCGGAAACGGGGGCCAAUAUUUGGGGUCCCUUUGAAGAAAAAUGGGAGGGGGGUAGAUUGAUGUAUCAUACAUGGGGUAGUUGUUCAUUGUACUGUGGGCAGGCAGCCGGUCCUUAACACUAAACCGCUAACACUAAAGAAUCCAAGCCUUUACUGUCUGUACAACCUGUAGCGUUGUUUAGUCAGGCGCUGGUGUGGACAGUUCCAGAUUUAGAAAUGUGAUCUGAAUGGCUCGGUGUUCAAAGGGGAGAGUAACGCACCCUGGGGAAAGCGUUUAUGGACUUGGUCACGUGGUUCAGAAGGCGGGCAAUCAGUUGAGGGUAAUCAAGCCUGUUAAAGAACUCCCUAUAUGUUAAAAACUUUCAAAAAGUAGAAAACUGGAUAGUAUUUCUUC